AUGUCGUCGGCCUUGAACGCGAUAAAGCUCCGUCGCAAGAAGAAUGUCAAGAAGGGAAUCCAGUUCUGUCUGAUGGUCUGCGGUGCCAGCGGAACAGGACGCACGACCUUCGUCAACACACUCUGUGGACAGCAAGUGCUGGAAUCGAAAGAUGCCGAUGAUGCUGCCAACGCCCAUAUCGAGGAAGGAGUCCGCAUCAAGCCCGUCACAGUUGAACUCGAGUUGGAUGAUGAGGGCACCCGAAUCUCUCUUACCAUUGUUGAUACCCCGGGAUUCGGUGACCAGAUUGACAACGAAGCAAGCUUUGGUGAGAUUGUCGGAUACCUCGAGCGCCAAUACGACGACAUCCUGGCCGAAGAAUCGCGGAUUAAGCGUAACCCCCGCUUCCGGGACAACCGUGUGCACGUCCUCCUGUAUUUCAUCACACCAACCGGCCAUGGUCUCCGUGAACUCGAUAUCGAGCUGAUGAAGCGCCUCUCGCCCCGUGUUAACGUCAUCCCCGUCAUCGGAAAGGCCGAUUCCCUUACUCCCGCCGAACUGGCUGAGUCCAAGAAACUGAUUAUGGAAGACAUCGAACACUACCGUAUUCCUGUCUACAACUUCCCUUACGAUAUCGAGGAGGAUGACGAGGACACUGUGGAGGAGAACGCGGAAUUGCGUGGAUUGAUGCCGUUCGCCAUCGUUGGCUCGGAGGACUUUGUGGAGAUCGACAACCGGAAAGUGCGCGCCAGGCAGUACCCUUGGGGUGUUGUCGAAGUUGAGAACCCACGACACUCGGAUUUCUUGGCUGUUCGAAGUGCUUUGCUCCACAGUCAUCUCGCCGACCUCAAGGAGAUCACCCACGACUUCCUCUACGAAAAUUACCGUACCGAGAAGCUCAGCAAGAGCGUUGAUGGUACUACUCCGACCCAAGAUUCUUCGAUGAACCCCGAAGACCUCGCAUCUCAAUCCGUGCGCCUUAAGGAAGAACAGCUCCGGCGUGAGGAGGAUAAGCUCCGCGACAUCGAACUUAAGGUGCAGCGCGAGAUCGCUGAGAAGCGGCAGGAGCUCCUGGCUCGCGAGAGCCAACUCCGAGAGAUCGAGGCUCGCAUGGCACGCGAAUCAAGCCAAGGUCAGGCCGACGGUGCCAGUGGAGAGGCUUAA